AUGAGGAAAAUUGUCGCCUCAGCAGCCUUGCUGGCAUCGCUGCUGUUGCUGUCGAUGAUAGGUCUCGCUACAACUACGGCUGCUCACCAGCAUGACAAGCAAUUCAAGACAAGCAACAAUCUCCUUGGUCAGCUUUACAAGCGCGCAGACAGUAAGAAAGACAAAAUUCCUUCGUCGCAUCCGGCCCAGCCGACCAGCAGUGCACCAACACACGAGUUACCCUCUCACCGCUCUUUCGAGGACAAAAUGCAAGAAGAAAAGCUCGAAGAAAGUUUUCAAAAGCUACUUCUGGGCAACGUAGGCAGCGGUUCUGGAGCCUGGGGAAGGACAAAGAAGAGGACCCCUAAGUUCCCUGUGGAGAAUGAAGAAAGCACGGCCUUAACAAAAAAUGACAAGCCCGAUCAGCCUCUACAGUCUGACCCUCCUUUGCCCGCCCCUUCUUCGCCCGAUUCCUCUUUGCCCACAUCUGAAUCCGACUUUUCUCCACCCGGCUCUCCCAUGCAGAUUUCCGGCGCAGAAGAUAAACAUCUGGCCACACGAAAGGGCAAGGGCGUCCGCAGUGUUCGGCAGCGCAAAGAGGACAUAAAGCCCUUAACUCGGUUUAUCAAGGACUUUGGUUCAAAGACCGACGAGAAGAAAAAGAAAAAGAGGAAGAAGGACCGCAGAUCGGUCUUCAAGCUCAUGUGCGAAGAUGAUGAACUUCCAGAAGAAUUCAGACUCACCGAAAGCGAAUUCGAGGCCAGGCGGAAAAGCCUCAAAUUCGUGUCUGACUGGGUUCGUCGAGGUUAUCACCUUAUCUCCGGAACAUUGAGAAAUACUUCAAGCGUCUCGCGGAUCAAGCACGCCGAGAAGACGAAAGGCUUAAGGAAGAACGUCUUGACCACGAAUGGGCUCAACAACACCGUCGCCUUGGACAGCCUGAUCAUCAAGAGCCUGAUCAUCAAGAGCCUGAAUAUGAACACCUAG